UAUGUGACCGCGAGAAUCUUCGCGCCAGUUUAUCCAUUUAAGUCAAGUCAGUGGUUUAAAACCAAGAUCUUUAGUUUUCUUGUACUUUUAAACAAAGCCUUUUAAUUAUUUAUUUGUGUGUCAUUAUUUAAUUUUUAUUUUACAUUUUAAUCCAUUUUAACUGAGUGUCUUAAUUAAAUAUCAACAUGGUAGUUGAAACAAGAAACAGAUCUCUUAAAAGACAUAAACCAGAGGACUCGCCAAUAAAGGCACCAGUGACCAGAAAACGUUCCAAUGUAACUCCUAUUAAAAGGAGGGUUGCUCGGAACUUGUUGGAUGAAUUUAACGGCUAUGAUGACUCACCUCCACCUUCCCCUGAACCAGAUAUCUACAUGGAUACCUUCAUCAGUUCACCACCGAUAACUAACCCGAUAGCUGAAGCUAAAAGACUCCUGUCAAUAGGUGCUGUAGAUGGUAUUGUGGGUAGAGAUAAAGAGAUUACUGAAUUAUCUGGUUUUCUUGAAGAUUGUAUUCUAGAACAUGAAUCUUCUACAAUCUUUGUCUCUGGUCCUCCUGGAACUGGUAAAUCGAUGUCAGUACUUUCAAUUGUGUCAAAACUCUCUAAUCAAUACACACUCACCAUUCUUCCAUACAACUCAAUGGACUUCAGAAAAGGCACCAUGAUCUACUCCAAGAUUGCUAAAGAUCUUGGUAUUAAAGACUCGACUAGAUAUCGAGACAAAAUAAUUGGUUCCAUUGAAAACUAUAUUAUUGCCUCCAAAAAAAUGGUUAUCUUAAUAAUCGACGAAAUUGACAAACUGGACAAAGAUCUGGUCGAUACUAUGUUGGAUUGGCCCAGAGCGAAAAAAUCAAAGUUAAUUUUAAUCGGUAUUGCUAAUACCAUCACUUCUUCAAGUCUAACAAAAAUGUGCUCCUUUGAAAUGAAUUGUGUCAAGAAGGUCUCUUUCCGACCUUAUAGUAAGGAUCAGCUAGUUGACAUCAUCCAAUCUAGACUCAAAUACCUUUCAAAAACCUGUGAUUUAAUCUCAAAGCCUGCACUAGACUUAUGUGCUCGCAAAGUUUCAUCGUACAGUGGAGAUGCCAGAAAAGCUUUGGAUAUCUGUCGACAAGCAAUUGAAAUGGCGGAACGAGAAAAAUACUCUUAUCAAUUAGGUCUUACUGCCACUGCAGAUGAUGGAAACAAUAUGGGCUCACCAAGAAAAUCUCCGAGAAUGUCACCAAGAAUGACCUCAAGGAUGUCACCGAAAAUGUCUCCGAGACUAGGAAUCAGGAGAUCUCCACGUAAAGAAAAUUUUGACAAACCUUUAGUUGAACCAAGACACAUCAUAUCUAUCUUGAACUCAGUGUUUGGAAACAAAUUAUUUAAGGAAGAAAGUGUUGCGGAUUUGACUCUUCAUCAACAAGUAAUUUUGUGCUGUAUACUUUGUUAUGGAAAAGAGAAAAAGAACAAAGAAAUCGUUAUCCCGAUGCUGUAUAGAUUGUUCGUAAAAGCCUGCGACAAAUGUAAAAUAACCUCAACUUUGAUCAGCAAUUCUGACUUUCUCUGUAUAUGUCAGAUUCUCGAGUCUCUUGGACUUGUAAGGAUAAAACAAGCUCGAGAAAUGCGUUUAACCAAAAUUUCAUUAUCUGUGAAUGAGGAUGAAGUUGCUCAGCGGCUUGCAGAAAAAUCGCUUAUAAAAAAUUUAAUGAACCAAAUUCCACUAAUUCUAUAAAAUACAUUUAACCUUUUCCAAUCCAAUCAACUUUUCCUGGACAGAGCUUUUUUACAAUGUAUUUUCUGUCUGUUUGUACAUCUUUUUAAAGCAAUCAAAGAAUCCAAGCUUGAUCUUAUCAAUGUAUAUUAAAACACCAAAAAUCAAUUCAUUUUAA